UUCUUGAUAAAAUAAAAUAAUACAUUUCCUCCGAGAAUUCAAAUCCAUCCAUCCCAGAAAAAGGGAAAGAGAGAAAAAGCAAUUGCUUCUUAUUAGGCUUUUAUCUGUGUCUUCAGGACUCACGAAAUCAAUUUCUAAAAUUUUGUGAUUCUCCAAAUUGGGGUUAGGGUUUUGACGAUGUAUGCUGAUCGCGUAGACUCCGCAGCGAAGACUUCAAUAAAGGAUCGUCUUAAUGGCAAUUCCGUUGCCGACUCCUCUCGCCGCCGUGAAAUUACCGGCAAAAGGCAGAGGCUAGAUGAUAAAUGGAAACAUGAUCUCUAUGAGGACAAUAGACCACGUGUUUCAAAUCGCAAAAUUGAUGCUCAAGAUCUUCGAUUAAAGCUCCAAAGGAGAAGCUUCUUGCAAGCAUCUCCAGGUUCAGGUGUGCGGGAUCUGCGUGAAAAACUAUAUGGGACAAUGAAUUCACAGCUAAUGAAUGCUGAUCGGCCCAAAAUAGUUGUAGCUAAACCAUCCAGGAAAAGUGGUGUUGUUGAAGCUCCUGAACCAGAGAUUAAAAAAAUUACCAGUGUGGCUUCUAGAAAAAGAUCUCAGCAAAAGUUGGAUUCAUCAGUUGAUGUUUUUUUGCAGUCUUUGGGUCUUGAGAAAUACCUCAUUACUUUUCAAGCUGAGGAAGUUGAUAUGACAGCUCUUGUGCACAUGACUGAUGAAGACCUGAAGGCUCUAGGGAUACCAAUGGGCCCAAGGAAGAAAAUAAUUUUAGCGUUAAAAUCUAGAGGCUGAGAUUCAGGACACGAGUAUUAUUGGUCUGACACCCUGAUUGGUAUAAAGCCUUAGUGUACAUCUUCGUUUUGUUUUCCCUGGUAUUGCCACUGUGGCUUUACCUUUAGCUGGUUAAUUAUUGUGAAGCCGGUACGAGUUUCUAGCUGUCAACAACAAAGGUAGAAACUUUUUUUCAUCUUUGUGGUUCCUUUGGAUUUUAUGGGGUAUUAGAUGGUGGGUAGAAACCUUAAAUUGAUGCAAUUUUUGUUUUUAUCUUAUUUAUUUUUGUUGUUUUUGGUUAUGUUCUAGUAUGGUUUCUAUCUAUUGUUUUUACAUUUUAAAAAUUAACGUUUUAAAUGUAAAGCUUGAUGUUCAAGAUUCGAUAUUAUAUUUUACUGUGUUAUGAAUUGCUA